GCGCAUCGGAGCAGUAUUGAAACAAAAACGCAAGAAAAUAGACUAUUUCGUUCGCAAGUGAGUGAAUACGCAAAUUACAUUGUAUUACUCCAUGAACAAGCUUAACGACCCGGAAGCAAUGUCGGAUGAGUACGUCGUUGACGAAUACGAGCAUUUCAACUACGAUUACGACAAGCAUAUUUUCACCGGGCACAGCGGUAAACAACGGAGUAAACGGGAAGCCCUUACUCACACAAAUCACUUUGACCCGUGCGGCCAUUCUAGAAAGAUCAUGACUAAACUGAUGAAUUCCGAGCACAAACGGCACCAUCAGCACCAGCAUCGUGAUGAAGGAAAAACCAAAGCAUAAACUGACCUUGGGCUUUCCUGUCCAUACUUCUAGAAAGAACAUUUGUCAACUCUGACAAACCAUAAUCUCUCUUGAAGAUACUGGAAUAUACACAUAACAGUUUUUUUUUUUAUCUCUUAUCUUCGGCAAUGCAUUUACUCGCUAAACAUAGAUUCUCACUUAGAAUAAGAUUAGUACACAUGGGAUAAUAAAUGUUUACUGCAUCUUGUAAUCGUCAUUUAGUCAUAUCACCAUUUAUAGAUUAUCCAAACAUAUACUUAGGUAGGACUGCUCUUGAUACAGAGUUACUUGAGUCUGUAGUUUUCGUCAUGUUAGGAUAUAUCUGGUAAUAUUCGUAUUGGACUUACAUUGGACGUGAAACUUGUAGAUAUUGAACAUCUAGUUAAAAAUAUUCCAUUGGUACGAAAGCAGUUUGCUAAGUUUGGUAAUUUGACGAAAGAAGUUCAAUAUUGAAAAAAUGCAUUUUUUUGUCGACUACGUUGAAGAGGUUUCCAUUUAAUUCGAUAAGUAUUUUUUGAGUUCGUUAAACACUGAAAGUAUCGGGUUGAAAAUCUGUACGUAAUUCUGAUGAAUAAAGUUUAUAAUCAGUAAUGAAAAUA